GGCCUGCAAACCCGGGCUUUCAGCCAUUCACUGGGGACAAGUAGCAAAGGUGGAGCUCCGCCCUCCUCCGACCACGAUUUGUCGAGGUUCCUGCUAUCCACCGGUAACUCCCUUCUUAGACGAAGAGUGGGCGGGAGGAAGACCGAUCAAGCAUCGAAUGCGGCAGUGCCACGAAAGACGACGUCGCGUGGAUUCAGCAGUGAGUGGCAGGAGAGGUUAGAACGGAGGAGUGGCUGAUUGGCAGACGGAAUGCUUAGGAAAUCCCUUAUUGCGUUGCUCGCCUUAGCUUUUGUCUGCCUUCUUAUCUCCAUAUCCCGCAGGAGGGUUCAGGAGGACAGGGAUGUGGAGAGAGCGCUUGAAAUAACUCAUAGAGUUUACUUGGAUGUUGAUAUAGAUGGACAGCAUGCAGGUAGAAUCGUUAUUGGCUUAUAUGGAGAAGUGGUGCCUAAGACUGUUGAAAACUUCAGAUCCCUUUGUACAGGUGAGAAGGGCAUGGGGGCACAUGGAAAGGCUCUUCAUUACAAGAGAACACCUUUUCAUCGCAUAGUUUCUGGUUUUGUGAUUCAAGGUGGCGAUAUGAUUUAUGGUGAUGGUAGAGGCAGUGAAUCCAUUUAUGGUGGCAGUUUCCCUGAUGAAAAUUUCAUCGUAAAGCACUCUCAUGCAGGUGUUGUUUCAAUGGUGAAUUCCGGGCCUGAUACCAAUGGAUCGCAGUUCUUCAUAACAUCAGUAAAGGCAAGCUGGUUGGAUGGGGAGCAUGUGGCAUUUGGGAAGGUAUUGCAGGGAAUGGACACAGUGUACGCUAUAGAAGGCGGAGCAGGUACGUAUAAUGGUAAACCAAGGAAGAAGGUGAUUAUUGUUGACUCUGGUGAGAUACCAAGGGAGCGUUGGGAAGAGGAGAGCUAGCUUAGGUUAUAUAGAAACCUUCAAUAUGCUUUUCUAUGGUUAUUCGGGAAGAUCUUUAACCCAAAUACCCAAUCGAGAGAAGUUACAAUUUGUUCAGACCGUGAAGUAGAUUGGAGCUUUUGGUGCUUGGAAUUAUAAGCAGUUUCCUCAACACUUAAGUUUGCAUCCUUAGUUUUUUUUAAAGUGACUCAACUUUUAGCUGAUUCAGAGCAGUUUGAUCAAGUGUGAGUUCCUUUCAGUCCUUUUUCAACUCCCUCUGACAUGAUGGUAGUUUUUUGUAAAAUUAAUUUUGAAAUGAAAUAGAAUUUUUAAAAAAGUUGCU